AUGGAGAUAAUAGCAACCACGAGGAGUACAGCUGGAGCGUCCACUUCCAACGCUACCCAUCAGGCCGAGUGGAGUUUAGAGAAUUUUCUUCAGCAUCACCCUGCCAAAUUCAACGGAAAAUGCCUUCCUGACGAGGCCGAUCAGUGGUUAAAAGAUAUGGAGAGGAUUUACAAUGCCAAGAGGUGCUCAGACGACAAUCGAUUGGCAUUCACAGAGUAUCUGUUGACUAGAGAAGCCAGCCAUUGGUGGGCGAGCAUGAAGAUGAUUUUGGCGGACGCUCAAAGCCCCAUCUCUUGGGAAGUUUUUAGAAGCAAAUUUUAUGAGGAGUACUUCCCCGAUAGCGUGCGUUUCGCUAAAGAGGUAGAGUUUCUGCAGUUGUUACAGGGUGGAAUGUCGGUAUCGGAGUACACCAAUAAAUUCAAGCACUUGGUGAGAUUUAAUACCAUGGCAACCAAUGAAGAGUGGCAGUGUCGGAAAUUUGAGAAUGGGCUGAGGAGUGAUUUGAAGUUACUGAUAUCCAUCCUAUGUAUUAGGUCAUUCCCUGCAAUGGUUGAGAGGGCCAAAGUGUUGGAGAAGAAUGUGGUCGAAGUGGAACAGCAGAAGAAGCAGCAACAAGCAGUUAGAGGACCGGUUUUAACUAGAAAUAACCUGAAUCGGGGCAGAACACCUUACUCUCGUCCAGUGUUACCUUCGAACGCUAGUGGGUCUCACACCCAAUCUAUGGUUGCUGUCGGACAGUCUGGACAGCAUGGGGAAAUCAAAUGUCUUCAAUGUGGAAGACCCCACUACAAAUCAUCCUGUCCUCAGUUGGUAGGAGGAAAAUAUUGCACUCGCUGUAGAAGAAAUGGUCAUCUGGAGAGCGAGUGUAACAUGGGAGGACGAGCGGUCAUGAGGCCACCAAACUCGGGAAGAGCUCAAUAA